AUGACUGAAUAUUCAGAUCUGGGCCAUAUGCAACCCGCAGACGUUGGAUCAGGCAAAUUUGUAAUUCCGCAUCAUUGUGUACUCCGCCCUGAGAGUACUACGACAAAACUACGUGUCGUUUUUGAUGCAAGUGCCAGAACGACGAACGGAAAAUCUUUAAAUGAUAUCGUGUACACUGGGCCUAAGCUUCAAAAUGACAUUGUUGAUGUGCUGACAAAAUUUCGUCUUCACGCAAUAGUGUUUACAUCCGAUAUUUCGAAAAUGUAUCGCAAUAUAGAUUUACGUCAGGAAGAUCGAGGGUGGCAACACGUGUUGUGGAGAAACUCUCCAGCUGAUCCCGUGCACAUGUGGCGCCUUCAGCUAAGUUGGGACAAACCCGUUCCACCUGAGAUCGCUCACCAAUGGCACAACUUUAUCUCUGAAAUGCAACAUGUUAAACAGAUUAAACUGACUCGUAGAGUUACACAUGAUGACGCCAAGAGUUACCAAUUGAUUGGGUUUUGUGAUGGCUCUUCAAAGGCAUAUGGAUGUUGUGUAUACUUGAGGGCAGUUCGUGCCAACCAUUUUAACACGCAUCUGUUGAUUGCAAAAUCAAAAGUUGCACCCCUAAAACCACUAACGGUUAACCGUCUAGAGCUUUGCGGUGCUGUCCUUCUAGGGCGAGUUCUUAAGCACAUGCAAAAUUUGCUGCGAGAUAAAAUCCCUCUCAGUAAAGUGAUUGCCUUUACUGAUAGUAACACGGUUCUAGCAUGGUUGCACACGGAACCUCAUAAACUGAAGACUUUUGUUUCCCAUCGCGUUGCGAAAAUCAUCGACGAUGUAUCAGUUGAUAGCUGGCAACACGUAUCAACAUAUGAUAAUCCUGCCGAUCAUUGCAGUCGAGGUCUUAGCGGUUCACAGCUAGCGACAUGUUGUACGUGGUGGUCAGGUCCAAAUUGGCUCGCUAACGAUUCCUCCACUUGGCCAGUAAAGUGCAAGUGGGAAUCACAAGAUUCCGUACCCGAGUUGCGCUCUACUGCUCAUGUAUCUCAAACGGAUACUAGCUCUGCUGAGUUGGACUUUAUUAGUGGACUGUUAGACCGUUACUCCACGCUAUCCCGCGUCCAGCGUGUGCUAGCUUGGUGUCUGCGUGCUGUAGCAGCAUUCAAACGAAACUCUAAAACUAAGAAUUUCCUGAGCGUAUCAGAGCUGGAGCAGUCUAUCGUCUAUAUGGUUCGACAUGAACAAAAACUUCAUCUUACAGAUGAAGUCAAAGCCACCAAAUCCGUUAAAAAACUGAGUCCAUUUAUUGAUGAUGCGGGAUUGCUGCGAGUGGGGGGCCGUCUAAAGCACGCUAAUCUACCGGCAACUAUAAAACAUCCCGUAUUGUUGCCAAAGGCUUCACGCUUAUCCUUGUUGAUCAUAGAUCACUUUCAUGUCAAUUACUUACACUGUGGUCCUCGUACUCUUCAAUCGAUUAUUCAGCGUAGAUAUUGGAUACUUGGCAUCCGUAACUUAAUUCGGUCGCGUUUAUCUAAAUGCAUAGCAUGUUUUAAGGUGAAACCGGUUGUUUGUCAGCCUUUAAUGGGAAAUCUUCCUUCACCAAGAGUACAACCGACGCGGUGUUUCCAAAAUGUGGGAAUCGACUUUGCCGGUCCAUUCAUGGUGAAGGAAAGUCGUAGACGAAACGCUCGUACUUACAAGGCCUACGUGUGUGUAUUCGUUUGCCUCGCGGUAAAGGCUAUCCAUCUUGAGGCAGUAACCGAGCUAUCGACUUCUGCUUUUCUUGCAGCGUUAGAUCGCUUCGUAUCACGUCGUGGCCUUUGUACCUUCAUAGUCACCGACUGCGGCACUAACUUUAUUGGUGCCCGCCGUUACCUUAACGAACUACAGCAAAUGAUUUCUAAGAAUAAGGAUUCACUUGAGUCUAGUCUUGCGAAACGAAACAUUAUCUGGCGACUGAACCCUCCUACCGGGAGUAAUUUUGGUGGCAUAUUUGAGAGCGGUGUAAAAUCAAUGAAGUUUCACUUAAAACGCGUUAUAGGGUUACAAGUAUUGACAUUCGAGGAGCUCAUAACAAUUCUUACUAAAGUCGAAGCCAUACUUAACUCGCGACCGUUGUGCUGUCUAUCUCCGGAUCCUAAUGAGGUCGAUAUUCUUACACCUGGUCAUUUUUUGGUCCAUGGUUCUCUUAUAUCGUUACCAGAACCUGAACUUUCUAAUGAAUAUGUUCCACCUCGGGCCCGCUGGCAGAUGUUGCAAAAACUUACACAGUCUUUUUGGCAUACUUGGCAACGCGAUUAUCUCCAUACCUUGCAGCAACGCGCGAAAUGGUUUCGAGAACAACCAAAUAUUCAUGUCGGAGAUAUUGUACUAAUUGUCGAUAGCAAUUUACCACCACUAGAGUGGCGUUCAGGUAGAGUUCAAGACGUGCAUCCCGGCAAAGACGGUGUAGUGCGCGUGGUCACCCUACGCACUACUAAUGGACUCCUUAAGAGACCAGUAAAUAAACUGUGUCCUCUACCUUUAAAUCAAUAA